ACUAGUAACAAUAUAAUAAGACUCGAUGAAAGCGAUGAUAUUAAAUAUGUGCUCACAAUUGCAUGUGCGAAAACAAGUGCUUCUUUUGAUAUUCUACGCUUGUAUUUGCACGCUAGUUUUUAUUAGUACAGGAGCCGUUAUAGGAUACUCAGCCGUAACACUUCCAGUAUUAACUAGUAACACAUCCUCAAUAACUUUAAAUGCAAUGGAGAUACCUUUUUUCGUUUCCAUUAUAAACAUCUCCGACAUCAUCGGUAGUAUUGUUGGUCUUAUUAUAAUGAACUAUGGAAGACGAAGUACCAUGAUGAUAUGUGGUAUUAUUUUUUCUUUGGGAUGGAUUUUGAUUGCGAGUAGUUAUAAUGUGAUACAGCUCUUUGUGGGCAGAUCGCUAACGGGAAUUGCUUGUGGUAUUGCCAUACCUUCCUUUAUAGUUUAUUUAGCAGAAAUCUCUAUAGUGUCAUGGAGAACAGUCGUUACGAUUAUUCCAAUUGUAGCGGCAAACUUUGGACUUUUGAUUGUUUACCUUCUAGGAUUUGUUAUACAGGACAAUUGGAGAUUAAUAGCAGCAUUUUUUAUCAUACCUUCAAUAUUAUUUGUGCUAUGUAAUAUUUUUUUCAUCCACGAGAGUCCUGGGUGGUUGCUCUUGAAAGGCCGGAAGGAAGAAGCUAAAACAGCUUUACUUCAUAUACGCGGUCUGCAUCACGAAACGAUAGAGUUCCAGAAAGAGUUUGCUGAACUGAUAAAAUAUAUCGAAUUGAGAAACAAUUUAGAAAUAUCUUGGAAUUGUCAAAUAGACACUUCCACGAGUAAAAAGACCGGACAAUGGUCGUUUCAUUUGAAUGCAUGGAGCAUGUUAAAGAGUAUCCGAAGAACAUUCCUUUUACCAGAAGUGUGGAAACCGUUUGUAAUACUGAAUGUCUACUUUUUUUUACAAAAGUUUAGUGGGGCAUAUGUGAUUUUAUUUUAUACCGUCGAUAUAGUCUCGGCAGUCAACAUCAUAAUAGAUCCCUACUUUGUCACUGUCAUAGUAGGAAUAAUUCAACUGGUAGGAAAUGUGAUCUGUAUGUGCUGUAGUUCGAGAAUUGGCCGUCGACCCAUUUCGAUUGUGUCAGGUGUUGGUAUGUCAAUCUUUUUGACCGCCUUAUCAGUGUACCUGCAAUUUUUCGAGAACACUGACGUUGCGACUGUACCCCUCGUUUGCAUCCUCUUCUAUGUGGCAUUUGCAGCAUUCGGAUUUAAUUCGAUUCCUUGGUCGAUGAUUCCGGAAGUUUAUCCCACACAGUACGUAAGCGGUAUCGGACAGCUUACUUCCUUGAGCUCCAUUUUGUACGGCUAUGCGGUCCUACAAUUGUAUCCAAUAAUUGUAACGCAAAACAGAAAUGCUCUCAUUUACUCCUACUGCAUAACAUCUAUCGUAGCUACUCUUUUUGUAACGAUUGCGUUGCCGGAGACACGAGGAAAGACGAAAACACAGAUAGAAGAAGAGUUUAGGGGCACAUUGCCGAUAGAAUGCCGAAACAUUUAG